CGGAAGGCAUAUAGAUGAGUUCAAGAUAAUGAUGGCAGAGAUGACUCUACCGUAUUUGCUUGCCGCUGCCCUCGUCAUGUAAUGUAAAUUAUCUGAAGAAGAAAUACAUAAUUACAUGCUGUUCUUCCAGCUCAAAUUUAUUUGAUUUGUUUGUGCGGUAGGGAAAGGUGGAGUUAUGGAUGUUGGCAUGACGGAAGCCGGCAACUAUCGUGCGAACGGGGCUGGGGCCGGGGCGGGGGGAUGGGACAAGGUGGCAAUUCUGGACGCGGGCGCCCAGUAUGGAAAGGUCAUCGAUCGCAAAGUCAGAGAGCUCUGUGUCGAGAGUGAUAUACUGCCUCUCGAUACUCCUGUCUAUAAUAUCAAGGAAAAAGGAUACAAGGCAAUUAUAAUAUCUGGAGGGCCAAACUCAGUAUAUGCUGAAGAUGCGCCUAGAUACGAUGCUGAUAUUUUUCGAAUAGGAAUUCCAGUUUUAGGAAUCUGUUAUGGAAUGCAAAUGAUGAAUAAGGAGUUUGGAGGACAAGUUGUACGGAAAGAUGGAAGAGAGGAUGGGCCAACCGCCAUUGAAGUUGAUCCGAAAUGCAUUUUAUUCAAAGACUUGAAUAAAUCACAAAUUGUAUUGUUAACGCACGGUGAUAGCAUUGAAAAGGUUGCAGAAACAUUUAGAGUUAUUGCUCAGUCUAAUAAUUUUAUUGCCGGGAUAGCCAAUGAUAAAAUGAGAUUAUAUGGUCUUCAGUUCCAUCCUGAGGUUGAUUUAACAAAAAACGGUAAAUCGAUGUUGAGUUCGUUCCUGUUCGACGUUGCUGGUCUGACGGCGAACUUCACAAUGCAGAGCAGAGAGGCAGAGUGCAUCAAAUACAUCAAGGAUACAGUCGGCACAAAUAAAGUGCUGAUGUUCGUCAGCGGCGGGGUCGACUCGACGGUGUGCACGGCUCUCAUGAAGAAAGCUUUAUCCAAAAACCAAAUAAUCGCUGUCCACAUUGACAACGGCUGCAUGAGGAAGAACGAGAGCAAACUUGUCUAUGAGUCCCUUAAGAAAGUCGAUGUUGAUUUACAAGUGAAAGAUGCCUCUCAUUACUUUCUGCAUGGCAUUACAACUGUGCCUAUGGAUCCAAAGGAUAAGAGACUAAAGAUGACCAAAAUGUUAUGUCAGACUUCCAAUCCAGAGGAAAAGAGGAAAAUUAUUGGAGAUCUUUUUGUAAAAAUGUACAACGAUGUAAUAGAAGAAUUGAAAUUGAAGCCGGACGAGGUAUUCCUAGGACAAGGUACACUCCGACCAGAUCUGAUAGAGUCUGCUUCUCACUCGGUGAGCGAAAACGCCUCGUGCAUCAAGACGCACCACAAUGACUCGCCGCUUGUCCGCGAGCUCCGGAAACAGGGCCGAGUUGUCGAACCAUUGCGAGACUUUCAUAAAGACGAAGUACGAGCUUUGGGUCGCGACCUGGGGAUCCCGAAUGAACUAGUGAUGAGGCAUCCGUUCCCAGGCCCCGGGCUGGCGAUUAGAGUUAUAUGCGGCGAAGAGCCCUACAUGGAACGAGACUUCUCUGAAACUCAAGUUCUCGUUAAAAUCAUUGUUGAAUAUAACCAGAUGCUUCAAAGGAAACAUGCCUUAUUAAACAGAGUAGAAAGUGCGACUAGUGAAGAAGAUCGGAUAAAAUUGCAGCGGGUGUCCAAUAGUGCUUCAUAUUCGGCAACUCUUCUACCCAUCCGCAGUGUGGGAGUACAGGGUGACAGCCGCUCGUACAGCUACGUGGUGGGCAUCUCGUGUGCGACGAGUCCCUCGUGGACGGACUUGUCCUUCCUGGCCAACCUGAUCCCCAGGGUGUGUCACAACGUGAACCGGGUCUGCUACGUGGCCGGGCCACUCGUCAAAGACCAGAUCCUCGACAUCACACCCACCUUCCUCACCACCCGCGUGCUCUCCACGCUACGCCAAGCCGACUUUGUCGCCACACAGAUUCUAAUGAGUAACAAUGUAAUGCAGAGUGUGACUCAAAUGCCUGUUGUGUUGUUGCCAAUCCACUUCGACCGCGACGCUGCCACCAGGACGCCAUCUUGCCAACAUUCUGUCGUGCUGCGACCGUUCAUAACGAACGACUUCAUGACUGGCACGCCUGCGAUACCAGCAAAAGACAUACCAGUCGAAAUUGUUGAGAAGAUGAUGACCGAGGUUGGAAAUGUUCAGGGCAUCUCAAGAGUAUUGUACGAUCUGACAACAAAGCCUCCUGGAACAACAGAAUGGGAGUGAUAAAAUACAGGCAUUAUUCGAUUAGUGAUCUUCACAGUUUGUAAUUUAAUACAAAAGACUGUAUAAAACGCUUGACAUUUUAAUAACAGUCGUGGAAUAAUCUCGCCUGUAGUUGAGUACAUUUUAUCUUGUCGAAGCAUGGAUUGUGGUCUUCAUCUCUUGCAAUGGCUGGCGAAUAGAAUGGAAUAUUCAACAGAAUAAAUAAAAUCAGUGUAGAAUUCAACUAACAAAUUGCAUUGUAAAAUUGGUAUUACACUUGCUGAUAUUGUAAAUUAUUUUCUAACAAUAAUAAUAUGUCAUGUAUUUGUGAAUUUUCUUUUUCGAUGAAAUCUCUGCCAAUCA